AUGGCUCCUCUUGUAGACAACAUCAGCGGGAAGCUGCUCAAGAUGUCUGGGAGGGAGCUUCUGCAAGUGGACCCUCUCCUGCAAGACUAUGUGGGCGUUGUGGAAUCAAGGUGGGAAGACUUCAAGCACAUGCUUAGUUACAUUUCUGAUGACCUUGGAGGCUUUGACAGCGUUUCAAACUACGUUGAUUAUGGCUUCUACGUAGAGGUAGAUGAUGCCCGGUACAGUCUUAAUCAACUUUCGGACCUGGAUGACAUCUGUAAAGAUGUCGCCACUUACAACGGCCGCAUUCAUCUUAUUUACAAGGAGUGGGCAGAGAACGCCGUGUUCUUAUCUAUUAUAGGUGACUUCAAUUUCUGGGACAAGGCUGCACACCCAGGAGUCAAUAAAGGAUACGGGAUCUGGGAGUGUCGGAUCCCUUUUUACGUCAACCAGGAGUUGAAUAUGCUUCACUGCCCAAUUCACCAUAAGGCAAAGUUCAAGGUCUUCAUGGUGACACGUGACAAGAAUGAAGAAAUCUAUCGCAUGCCCCAACGAACACUCUAUGCUGUUCAUAACCAUGAGAGGUGUCAGUUGGAACCCUUGUUCUAUUGUCACGCAGCAGACGCAGAUGCAAGAAAAAGAGAAGAGCUCACACGACCAUACGCAUUCAAGUCACAGAGUCCACAAGGGUUGCGCAAGAAGGUACACAGGAUUUACGAGUGCCACGUUGGCAUGAGCUCUACUGAGCCAAAGAUAAAUACCUACAGAGAGUUUGCAGACAUUCUCCUCCCCAUCAUCAAAGAAAAGGGCUACAAUGUAAUACAACUAAUGGCAAUCCAAGAGCACUCUUAUUAUGGGUCGUUUGGUUAUCAGGUCACGUCAUUCUUUGCCCCCAGUUCAAGAUUUGGGACGCCCGACGAUCUAAAAUACCUUGUAGACAAAGCACAUGAGGCAGGUAUUGCUGUUCUUCUCGAUUUAGUUCACUCACAUGCAUCGAAGAACGUUGAGGACGGGAUCGCAGACUGGGACGGUAGUACGAUGUUCUUUUAUAAGGAGGACCAUCCCCUGUGGGACAGCAAGAUUUUCAACUACAAGAACCCGGAGACUCUUCGUUUUUUGCUCCAAAAUGUGCGCUGGUGGCUCCAGGAGUUUAAGAUCGACGGCUUCAGGUUUGACGGGGUGAUGUCUCUCAUGUACUAUCACAGGAGUGCAGGUGUUGGGUAUACAGGCCGUUACGGAGAGUACUUUGACGAGCCCCAAUCAGCGGUUGAUGUUGGUGGACUAACAUACUUGCGAUUGGCUCAUGUCCUCAUUAAGAUGAUUGAGCAGACUGAAGGCCGUGACAUCCUGACAAUAGCAGAGGACGUCUCAGGCUACCCGUGCAUGGCGACACCAAUACUAGAUGGGGGUAUAGGAUUUGACUAUCGUUUUCAAAUGGCUGUCCCAGAUCUGUGGAUCAACAUGAUGAAACAUGGCUUUGACACAGGUCUCAAUGACUUCGAAAGUAUUGAUGUCAAAAAAAUAACGCACACACUCACAAACCGUAGGUGGCAAGAGAAGCAUAUCGUCUAUUGUGAGUGCCACGAUCAGGCUCUGGUUGGUGACAAGACAUUGAGCAUGUGGCUACUAAACGAGAAUAUAUAUGAUCAGAUGAGUAUUCUGCACCAGGCAAAUGAAAGAACUCUACGUGCGAUCCGUCUCCACAAAGUUAUUCGUCUGUUAACGAUGGGUCUUGGAGGUGAGGGAUACCUCACUUUCUUUGGCAAUGAAUUCGGACACCCAGAAUGGAUUGACUUUCCACGCGUAGGUAAUAGCUGGAGCUACCAUUACUGUCGAAGGCAGUGGAACCUCGACUAUUGGGGGAAGGACGGUCAAACAACACGCUAUGCAGACCUCGGCCGAUUUGACAGGGAUCUUAUGCACCUCAAUGCCUGCCAUGAAUGGAACGUGGAAAGGGAAUAUAUUACCCGUGAUGAUAACGAGGAGAAGCUCAUAGUUUUCGAGCGGAAGAAUCUUCUUUUUGUAUGCAGCCUUCACCCCUUUAACCCUGACUAUGAGGCCAUUAUACCUGUUCGUCAACAGGGAACAUAUCGAGUUAUCUUCCACACAAAUAGUAUUCAAUAUGGAGGAGAUGAAUCGGGGACCACGGAAGGGAAUGAACUGGUAACACGCAACAAGAUGAAUAAAGAAAGUAAUGACUUAAAGGAAGAUCAGUGGGAUAGAAAGAUGAAUGGGUUGCAAUAUUACAUUAAAUUAUGGAUAAAGCGCCAAUGUGGCUAUGUUCUUGAGCUUUCUAAGGGGACUGUCUCCAUUCCAGAUACUGUUAAGAGCUUUGAGGAGCUAUUUCCCAAGAAGAAUCCACCAUUAUAG